AUGUCGAAAAUCAACAAUCUUGAGUAUGCUGCCCUCAAUCUCUCCGGAGACAAUUACCUUCAAUGGGCACUUGACACCAAGAUCAUCUUGAAAUCCAAAAACCUUGGUGCUUGUAUCACUGAUGGCAAUGAGUCAUCUGAUAAGGAUAUAUACAGUGCGAUCUUAAUCAUACGCUAUCACCUUGCUGAAAGUCUCAAAGACCAAUACCUCACUGUUGAGAAUCCUCUGGAGCUUUUGACAGAACUGAAAUUCGGAUAUGAUCACCAGAGGACGGUGCCCUUACCAAAGGCCCUAUAUGAUUGGAGGAACCUAAGGAUCCAAGACUUUAAGUCUGUGGAUGAGUAUAACUCGGCUCUAUUCAAGAUAGUCUCAAAGUUGAAACUGUGUGGAGAGACUAUCACUGAUGCUGACAUGUUAGAGAAGACAUUCUCUACAUUCCACACAAGCAAUGUUUUGCUUCAGCAACAAUACCGAGAAAAGGGUUUCUCCACCUAUGCAAAUUUGAUCUUUUGUUUGUUGCUGGCUGAGCAAAACAAUGAGUUACACAUGAGGAAUAGUGAGAUGAGGCCUCCUGGUGCUAAGGCAUUACCUGAGGCACAUGCGGCCAUAGAGCCAAAAGAUGAGUCUCCAAAGAAAGAGUCAAACCAUGGCCGUAUGAGAGGCCGUGGAAGAUGGCAAGGUCGAAACCGUUGGUUUCAACCACGUGACUGUGGGUUUCAACCACGUGAACACCUUGGUCGUAGCCGAGGCCGAGGAUAUGGCCGAGGAGAGCAUAAAGGGAAACAACUGGCCCAUUGGGUCCAUCAUGAUGAUGAGAAUGAUCUCGACCAUGAGGAUGUUCAAGCCCAUGACAAUGAUGAUCAGACUGAAUUUGAGACUUCAGAUAUCCUUAAAGAGGCCAAUUAA